ACACACACUCAAGCAUCGUCUUACUUCAACAUGGUCAGUCGUCUUGAACACCCAGCCGGUGGAUAUAAGAAAGUCUUUGAGUCGUGUGAAGAGUUAGCGGAGCCCAUUCCUGCUCAUGUCUCAGGUAAAAUCCCAGCAUGGCUGUCUGGAAGUCUGCUCCGCAUGGGCCCUGGGCUUUUCGAGAUUGGAGAUGAACCAUUUAACCAUCUUUUUGAUGGCCAGGCUCUCAUUCACAAGUUUGACCUGAAGGACGGACGUGUAACCUAUCAUCGCAAGUUUAUCAGAACUGAUGCUUAUGUGAGAGCCAUGACAGAGAAAAGGGUUGUGAUUACAGAACUCGGCACCGCUGCAUAUCCAGAUCCAUGCAAAAACAUCUUUUCCAGGUUUUUCACUUACUUCCAAGGCACUGAGGUUACAGACAACUGUUCUGUAAACAUUUACCCCAUCGGUGAAGACUUCUAUGCCUGCACUGAAACCAACUUCAUUACCAAAGUCAAUCCUGAUACCCUGGAAACAAUAAAAAAGGUGGACCUCUGCAAUUAUCUGUCGGUUAAUGGUUUAACAGCACAUCCACACAUUGAAGCAGACGGUACUGUAUAUAACAUUGGAAACUGCUUUGGGAAGAACAUGUCCCUGGCCUACAACAUUGUCAAGAUCCCGCCACUACAAGAAGAAAAAUCUGAUCCACUUGCGAUGUCAAAGGUUUUGGUCCAGUUUCCAAGCAGUGAAAGGUUCAAACCAUCCUACGUUCACAGCUUUGGCAUGACAGAGAACCAUUUUGUGUUUGUUGAAACUCCGGUGAAGAUCAAUCUGCUGAAAUUUCUCACUUCCUGGAGCAUCAGAGGGUCAAAUUAUAUGGACUGCUUUGAAUCUAAUGACAGAAUGGGAACAUGGUUUCAUCUGGCAGCCAAAAAUCCCGGCAAAUACAUCGACCACAAAUUCAGAACAUCUGCCUUCAAUAUUUUUCACCACAUUAACUGUUUUGAAGACCAAGGCUUUAUUGUUGUUGACCUGUGCACAUGGAAAGGCCAUGAAUUUGUGUACAAUUAUCUAUAUUUGGCAAAUCUGAGGCAAAACUGGGAGGAAGUCAAAAAAGCAGCCCUGAGAGCUCCACAGCCGGAGGUGCGCAGAUACGUGCUUCCACUGGACAUCCACAGGGAAGAGCAAGGGAAGAACUUGGUUUCUCUUCCAUACACCACAGCCACUGCUGUCAUGUGCAGUGAUGGAACUGUUUGGCUCGAACCCGAGGUUCUUUUCUCUGGACCACGUCAGGCUUUUGAGUUUCCUCAGAUAAACUACAGCAAAUUCAACGGGAAAGAUUACACCUUUGCCUAUGGACUCGGACUGAACCACUUUGUUCCAGACCGGAUUUGCAAGCUGAAUGUGAAAAGUAAAGAAACCUGGAUCUGGCAGGAGCCGGACGCCUAUCCUUCUGAACCACUGUUUGUACAAAGCCCUGAUGCUGAAGAUGAAGACGAUGGUGUUCUGUUGAGUAUUGUAGUGAAACCUGGAGUUUCUCAGAGGCCGGCGUUUCUCCUCAUUCUCAAGGCCACUGACCUGACAGAAAUAGCACGUGCGGAGGUUGACGUCCUCAUUCCUCUUACUCUCCACGGCAUCUACAAACCUUAGAGGAUACCAGGACUUUGGAUUUCAGUACUUUGUCCAUGUAACUGCAAGUUAUAUGACCCGAUAUGUUUAUAAUCUAAUAAACAUACAAUAUAAUAAUACAAAUGAACAUAUACCCAGUAUAUACGUUAUAUACAUAUACAAUGACUUACUGCAAGAUCCAAAACAUUUUUUAUAAACUUUUUAAUUCAUUUAUGAACAAUUGUUUAUUAACAAGUACACUAUAUGUACAAUUUAGUUUACAUCAGCCAUAUGUAUCAAUCAUAAGGCACUGUUGGCAAUUACAAGCAGAUUUUUUAUUAAAAUAAAGAUAUGUGCUAUUA